GACGCAGUUAUUCGUCGACGAUAAUUCCAGCUGAUGCCGUUCCGCGUUGUACAUCUUUUCGAUAAUUAAUCUAUUGCUUAAAAUGUUUGAAAAUUCGAAAAAAUAAGUGUCGUAAACCUAAAUUAGAAGCGUUCGUCUAUUUCAUAAGUGCAUUCGUGUCUGUGAAAUGAAUGUUGAACGUCUUGGAAUGUUAUUACAAGUGCAUUUCAAAGAGAGGACCGGCUGAGAGUGCGCAGGAGCUUCUGGAAUCGACGGAAUCGCGACACGGAGGGGGUUGUUGGCUGAUUUACGCAAGCGCGUGGCAUUUCCCGGGAAUCGGGACUUUCCGGGUCUCCGACACGGUUUUCCCUCGUCCGGCUCACUUCAGCGGGCGACGUGGGACACGGCAACAGGUGACGGGGAGCGACUUUGCGCAAACAUCAUCGAAAGGAUCGCGAGCUGAAAGCUGAUCGCGGAACGGGUGACGCUGACGCUGACGUUGAAGCUGACGCUGACGCUGACGCUGACGCUGGCGCUGACGCGACGGUGACGUGUGCCAAUCUGACAACUACGCGUCAACUCUUGAUAUCACAGCCGAACGAUAUCGUCGAUAUCGGUGAACCGUACCUCCAACGGUAAGCCGGCGAACCAUCAGGGAGGUCAGUCCUCGAGGGAACACCUGGAGAGCGGAAUUAUCGAGGGAAAAUGAGCGUCGAGGACGCCAUCAACUAUAAACCCAGCGAGGAGGAGGAUUACUAUGCCCUCCUCUCGUGCGACGAGUCCGCGACGGUGGAACAAAUUACAGCGGAGUACAAGGUUCUGGCUCUCCAGUGCCACCCCGACAAGAACCAGGGAGACAAGGAAGCCGAGAGGAAGUUUCAGCAACUGAAGCACGCAAAAGAGGUUCUUUGCGAUCCUGAGCGAAGAAGCAACUACGAUAAAUGGAGGCGUAGCGGAAUCGCUAUCAGCUACAAGCAGUGGCUUGGGAUGAAGGAACAUGCUCAGCAAUCGAUGCACUGGAGCAAACCGAAGACAAAGGAUCGCAUGCUGCAGGAUGCGAGCGGAGAGGCUGCAGGUUCUCCGGGGCACACCAAGGUCCAAGCCCCGAACGCGCACAGAAGAGCCUCGGAGGGUGGUGCAAAUAUUUACUACGGUGCACGUCGAGACCUCGGCUGGGAGUCUCAGGCGCCUAGCGAGGUGGCCAACAAGUUCCGCAACUACGAGAUCUAAGUUAGUCGACGGGGGUUCGAGGGGGGGGAUUCUUCGGAAUUGAUGUCAUCAGGACCAACAAUCAUUUACUGCGUGUCAAGUAUAUCGGAUGGAAAAUGAAGGAUAACGCGUAUUAUAAUACCACCAUCUCAACAGGAAUUUAUCGUUCGUCAUUGUCCAACCGAUGCGCGAUCGGAGAAGAACGGAGAAAGCAUCGAACAACGACCUGAAAUUGUCCAACUCUGUUUUCGUUGUUUUACGAGGCUGCGGAGGAGUCGAAGCUGGCCUGAGCGUUUUCGUGCGAACGAAAACUUUGAGAACGAGUCAAAGAGUUGAAAAGGUAUGCUUUAGUCGUCCAACCUGAUUUCGAAAUCCUUUUUUAGCGACGUUUCGACGUACCGCGCGCGGCGAUCGCGAUCGGCUGGAAAACGGGGUCGAAAGACGAGACGUAUUUGCCGCUUUCGAUUUUUAAUUAUUGCCGCGUUGUUGGGUUCCGCGUUCCGCGUCCCGCGUCCCGCGUCGGGACGAAACAGGCACGAGACCUCACGGCAGCGCUCCCAGGAGAAAUUGGAGAUGUCGGGAUGGAAGGUGGUGCGCGAUCGGUUGGACGGUGUUUUGAUGUCGUAUCGAGACAAAUUAAGUAUCCACGAUUCUACCAAGGAAUCGAAACAUAAGAGGAUAACUAGUUGUUUCUAGUCGUACGUUACUCGCGACGGAAUGCUCAAGUGGCUGGGGGAGCGUCAUUUUUUUAACUAUCAACGCGGUUUUACACGAUCGGUAGAUAUUUGAAGCGUCCAACCGUCGGCGUCAGCGUCGCGUCGUUUCGAGGAAAAUCGAUGGAGAGUGGAUAAAUGCCGCGACUAUUCGGCAAACUAUCAAAUUCGUAUUCGAGUGGAAAAUUGAAUAUUCGUUUAAACUCGGCUGGCAUCCCUCUUCGUCAACCUUUUUAAAUACAAUUUUAACGAAUCGAAGGCAUCAUCGAAAUGUACGCAAUUCAAAAUGGAAUCUACCACUUGGGCUGUUCUUUCACCGUCGAGUAGCUAGAAGGAAAAAAAAGUAACUCGUUGUUUCUACAUCGAGUGCUUCUCAGUGGAAUGUUUAAACAGUUUAUGUUUCGACCGGGAUGCUUAUCGAAAACUCGUUCCAAAGGUCUGUUUCAAGCGUCGAGAGCAAACUUGAUUUUCGUCGACGAGAUCGUUCGCGUUCGAGGGAAGCGAGAUAAACUGUUUAAAGUUUAAACAAUCGGCAUUGUUUCCACUGUAGAGCAAAUCGAUGACGCCGCACUUGUACCUGUGUCAAACGCAAAAUGUAUAUCGUUCUUUCUCGACGAUAUUUGAAUGUUCGGAAAGUCGAAAAUACUACCCCAUAGAUUUUGCAUCGUCCUCAUCUGUACUUGUACCGUUCCUUUCUGUACUUUCCUACGCUGAACGAGCAAUGUAAUCGAUCCUGAUUUGGCUAAACAAAUGUAUCCCCUUUACGUUUAUUACCAACUUAGGUAAUUUACGUAACUUUCGCCACAGCAAAUUUGAUCAUUCAAUGGCAGAUAUGUAUAUUUAUCGUUGCACGUUUCUGUUUCCCCAUAGAAGAUCGGAAUAACAUAGCGAGGAUCGUUGAACAAUUUUUUAACGUAAUCGAUAUACAUAUAUCCUUUGGUAAGUUGAGUUUGGCGUAAUUAAGACAGCCAGCCGUAGCAGCCGACGAUUGAUAUCCCAAAAUAGCCAAGUCGACUCUCGUGUGUAUCGAUGUGACCUUUCGACAUUAAUUUUAAGGCUCGGAGGCGCGGCUUAACCGGAUAAGUCUCGUUUCCAGCGAACUGUUAAUCCUUCGCGUCCGAAUGAUAUUCUCGAGAGCGAAUUUCUCGCUUGAAAAAUGUUCAUCUUAGCAAAGGUUGCGCGUUGCGCGUUGCGCGAUACUCUCGACGAAAAUCCCAACUUGGACAUCGAUUUCUUGUUCAAAUCGAAAACGAAGAACCAAGCGCAACCGACGAGCACGAUGCAUAUCGAUAGCAACAAGGUACAAGGUUUUCGCAAUAAAAUUCGGAAUCCUAGCAAUAUUCCGUCGUCGAAUGUGCUCGAAGGUACUCGAGCUCGGAAAAUUCUAUUCGAUUUCGGAAUUUUAAUCGCAAUCAAAUGAAAUCGAUAGCUCGUCCGAGUUCAAAUUAAAAAGGGUUGGCUCCAUUCUCGACUUGAUGUUUCGGCGCGCCAGGUUUGGAAAAGAAACUCCACGAUAUUGCCAACAUUUUCGAUAUUGUAUCGACAAAAUGAAAUAAAUUUGAACGGCUUGACUUUCUUUUCGCUAAUUAGUUACGGCUUACGGCACUUGAGAGUACAAAGGGAGACAAAUUGCCGAGUCAAGGGAACAAAGUAGACGAAAUUUGAGAAUCGUAAAGCGUCGCUGCAAGUUGAGAAUGAGCCUAAAGAAUCUCGAGGCACCACUCGCGUGCAUCUGUCCUCCGUGGACAAAAUUUGUCAACUACACCUGUGUGUCCUACAUCUAUAUUUUUCUAGACGCGAUUUCUGUCUCGCGAAACAUUCUAUCUACUAUCCAUUUAUUAUUUCCGCGCGAUCGACCUAUCGACCUAUCGACCUAUCGAUAUCGUGCAAUCGAGGGAGGGACAAGAAAAAACAUGUUCAAUUCUCGCAAAACGAUUCUCUUUAAGAAGAGCUAGUGUGAGCAAAAAAAUCGGUAAACGAAAAUUUCGUCUCUCUCUCUCUCUCUCUCUCUCUCUCUCUCUCUCUCUCUCUCUCUCUCGAAACGUGUGAAUCUCUGUUACGUAUGUAUAAAUAUAUAAAUAUAUGAUGUAUAAAAUGUAUAUUCGUCACGCGCUGGACGACGCGACGAUAUGUAUUCGUACCAUUAAAGGUUCAAUAAAUGUGUUUAAUUAAGAAGAA